GAAGGAGUGAGUCAGAUAAGGGAGAGGGGCAGGGAUGGAAUUUCGCGUGCCCCUCCCUCUCUUCUUCUUUCCAGGGAUAAGUUACUAAUGGGGAGAUCGGAUCUGGCCUCCCAACUCUCUCUCUCUCUCUCAUCGGAUCGGUGUGGGUUUUUGGUGGUCGUCGCCUGAUCCCUCCUCCCUGCGGCGGAUCGAUGAUGGAAGGAAGAGAAGGGGAGCAGAGGAGAGGAGAGGAAUCUCGUCGUGUCUGUCAGUACAGGAGGGGGAGCGAUGAGACGGACGAGACGAGCGGGCGACCCCCAUGAUUUCACGCGAUUCAGGAGCAGCAGCAGAGGCAAUUCCUUUUCGCUGGCUGCUGCAGCCUUUUGUGGCGCAGAUAACUAGAUGACUCAUGCCAGUCCGUCAACGCUCGCUAGGAGAACCAACUCCUCCUCCUUAUGUCUGGAUGUCAAAGUUUGCCCGCUGAUGGAAUAUGAGUCAGAAUUCUUUGGAUGCAUGGUUCAUGAAAUUUCUUUGUGGGUCUAGUUUCCCAAAUAUGGUAACAUGCUUAUAGUAUGCUUCUCUACACUUUCUAAGCUUUCAACUACUUUGGUUCAGCAAACCCAUGCACUGGAAUAUACUCCCUCCGUAUUUUAAUGUAUGACGCUGUUGACUUUUUAACAAAUGUUUGACCUUUCGUUUUAUUCAAAAAAUUUAUGUAAUUAUUAUUUAUUUUAUUGUGAUUUGAUUUGUCAUCAAAUGUUCUUUAAGCAUAACAUAAGUAUUUUUGUAUUUGUCAUCAAAAGCUGGAUUUGUUGCAAGUCAGUGAGCGGCUCCGUCGUCCGGCUUGCCAAUGCCAGAAAUUUUGUCUGGUAGGCAGCCACCGAGGAGGCCUGAUAUAGCCGCUUCAGUUCGCCCAGGGCAUUGCGAUGGAUUGGCGGCCCAAAUUGGGCAUGGCACAAUUCCUUGAAGGCGUACCAAUCUGGGGGUCCGUGAUGCUGCUCGUAGUGAAAAUACCAUUCCUGAGCGUCACCGGUGAGAUGCCGAUGUCCAACUUGGAAAAGCGCAUUUUUGCUAGAGCCAUGCAGACCUGGGCUGAGCACAUGAUUACUUUGAGCGAGGGCAAUGUGGAAAUGUUAACCAAGCUUACCAAGUCUAUGAGCACAAUAAUUAAAAGCCUUGAGAAACCCAAGGGCAUAGCUGGCGUGUUGGACAACAUCGGCUACCGCCUUCCUGAGGACAAGAAGGGGAAGUUCACCAUGCUCGUUAUCAUUCUGAUACCCACAGUUGGAUACUUCUUUCUUCGGCUUGUGGCUGCGUAUGAGAAAGUGUUCGGUAAGAUUGAUGUCCUAGAGCGAGUGAGAGGUUCGCAGUCACAGGGAUGGGCUCCUCAGCAGGGCAAAAGAGAGUGACUCCGGAUUUUGUAGCCCCAUUUUGUAGUACUUACUCUUUGGUACUUCUGGAGGAGCACUUUUGAUACCUGCGCAUCUAGUUUGUUUGAUACUUCUGUUACUUCUAGAGGAACACCCAAAGGAGGUUUGAUGACUGUGAAGGAAAUGUGAUUUUGGAAGUUUGAUGA